CUGAGGGUGGAGUGUUCCCUCGUUCCCUUCCCUCCCUGCCUGUAUAUAAGCAGCAGCGUUAGAGACAGCAGGAGAAACGACAGCAACGUUUGAGCUGCACCUCUGCUCCGACCCUCCACGUCCACUACACAACUCGACUGACACAAUGAAGUCUUGGUUGGCACCCGUAGCCGUGGUCCUGUGUGUCCUGGUGUGUGUGGCAGAGGCGUACCCGCCCAAACCCGAACCUCCUGCAGGAGACGCAGGGCCCGAGGAGCUGGCCAAGUACCACACAGCGCUGCGCCACUACAUCAACCUGAUCACCAGGCAGAGAUAUGGGAAGAGAUCCUCUCCGGAGGUAGAGAUGGCCGAGCUGCUCUUCGGUGAUGAUGAACAGGACGUGAGGCCGCGAAUGGACAGAAUGGAUAAUGGUUUUGCCUGGUAGUCGUCUCACUGCAUUCCUGCACUCCGCAUUUGUCAUCUCUCCGUCCUUCUUCAUCCCUUUCCCUCUCUGCCAUCUUCCUGGAAGUUAUACCAAUCAGCCAAAGCAGCAUCACAAUAUUGGCACAUGUAUCUCUCUUUCUCUCUCUCUUUCACGCUCUUUCUCUCUCUCUGAAUCUCUGUCUGUUUCUCUCUGUUUGAAAGUUUUCUGUGAAGCGACAAUUGUAAAUAAUUUGUUACUCACCCAAUUGCGAAUAAUAAAGAAUGACUAAAUGUUAAAA